GUGAGAAGCGGGGGGGGGGGAGAGGUGUGGUGCGGUGUGGGCAAGUCCAUGGCGCGCAGCAGGAAGGGGAGCCCAAGGAGCCGGGGCUGAGUGCCCUGCCCGCCCAUGGAACCCGCCCUAGCGGCGGCCACUGAAGAAGUGGUGGGGUCGGAAAGAGAGGAGGCGCCGCCGGUCGUUUACACCAUGGAGAACAAGCCCAUCGUGACCUGUGCUGGAGAUCAGAAUCUCUUCAGUUCUCUGUAUCCCACACUUUCUCAGCAGCUCCCACGAGAGCCCAUGGAAUGGAGAAGGUCUUAUGGUCGAGCCCCUAAGAUGAUUCAUCUAGAAUCUAAUUUUGUCCAAUUUAAAGAAGAACUACUGCCUAAAGAAGGAAACAAAGCUCUACUAACAUUUCCCUUUCUCCAUAUUUAUUGGACAGAAUGUUGUGACACAGAAGUAUACAAAGCAACAGUAAAAGAUGACAUCACCAAAUGGCAGAAUGUUCUGAAAGUUCAUAGCUCUAUGGAUUGGUUAAUUGUGGUGGUAGAGUGUGAUGCCAAGAAAAAAAACAAAACCAAUAUCCUUCCCCGAACAUCUAUAGUAGAUAAAAUAAGAAAUGACUUCUGUAACAAACAGAGUGAUAGAUGUGUAGUAUUGUCUGACCCCUUGAAAGAUUCUUCCCGCUCUCAGGAGUCAUGGAAUGCCUUCCUGACAAAACUCAGGACACUACUUCUUAUGUCAUUUACCAAAAACCUGGGCAAAUUUGAGGAUGACAUGAGAACAUUGAGGGAGAAGAGAACAGAACCAGGAUGGAGUUUUUGUGAAUAUUUUAUGGUUCAGGAAGAGUUGGCCUUUGUCUUUGAAAUGCUUCAGCAAUUUGAGGAUGCCCUAGUGCAGUAUGAUGAACUGGAUGCCCUGUUCUCUCAAUAUGUUGUCAAUUUUGGUGCUGGUGAUGGGGCAAAUUGGCUGACGUUUUUCUGCCAGCCAGUGCGAAGUUGGAAUGGGCUGGUCCUCCGCAAACCAAUAGACAUGGAGAAAAGAGAACUGAUUCAGAACCAGGAAGCCACACUAUUAGAUUUGCGCAGUUACUUAUUUUCUCGCCAGUGCACAUUGCUAAUCUUCCUUCAGAGGCCAUGGGAAGUAUCUCAGCGAGCGCUGGAACUCCUCCAUAAUUGUGUGCAAGAGCUAAAGCUUCUUGAAGUCUCUGUUCCUCCCGGUGCUUUGGAUUGUUGGGUGUUCUUGAGUUGCCAGGAGGUUCUGCAGAGAAUAGAAGGCUGCUGUGAUAGGUCUCAGAUUGAUGCCAAUGUUUCUCACAUGGUUGGCUUAUGGAGUUAUGCCACUGAAAAGCUAAAAUCUCUGGGCUACCUGUGUGGGCUUGUAUCAGAAAAUGGGCCCAAUUCAGAAGAUCUUAAUAGAACAGUUGAUCUUUUAGCAGGACUUGGAGCAGAACGCCCUGAAACAGCCAAUACAGCACAGUCUCCUUAUAAGAAAUUGAAAGAGGCCUUAUCAUCUGUAGAAGCUUUUGAAAAGCACUAUUUAGAUCUUUCCCAUGCCACCAUUGAAAUGUACACAAAUAUUGGACGAGUCCGCUCAGCUAAGCUUGUUGGAAAGGAUCUGGCAGAGUUCUACAUGAAGAAGAGGAGUCCCCAAAAGGCUGAAGUAUAUCUUCAAGGAGCAUUGAAAACCUACCUUUCUGAGGGCUGGCCAUUGCUUAUUACACAUACACGGAAGCAACUAGCAGAAUGUCAGAAACACCUUGGACAAAUUGAAAACUAUCUCCAGACAAGCAGCCUUUUAGCUGCUGAUACUAACUUAACAGAAGAAGAGCGCAAACACUUUUGCCAAGAGAUCUUAAAUUUUGCCAAACAGCCCUCAGAUGGCAAAGGUCAGAAAGUUAUCCUGUCCAUGCAUCCCUUCGCACAGUUGAAGAACCUACAUUUUGAUCCUCCUAAUGCCGUGAUCCACGUGGGUGGAACCUUGUCAAUUGAGCUGACUCUGGUAAACCAGAUGCCCGUCACGGUCAAUGUGGAUCAGAUUGCCAUCAAUGUCCAUUUUAACAUUGAAAAAAAUAGCUACCGGAAGACAGCUGAAUGGCUCACAAAACACAAGAUAUCCAAUGGUAUUAUCAACUUUCCAAAUGAAGUUGUAGGUUUCUCUCUCUCAAGAAGUAGUGUGCCGAUGUUGGAGUUGUAUGAGAUGUAUGAAAGGAGCCCCUCGGAUAAUUCUUUGAACACGACAGGCAUCAUCUGCAAAAAUGUGCACAUGCUGUUACGGAGGCAGGAGAGCAGUUCUUCUCUGGAAUUACCCACAGGGCUUACUCUUGAAGAUGGUGCCCAUGUGUUAAAAUGUAGCAACUUAAUACUGGAACCAGGGGUCAAUAAAUUAACUUUCAGAACUCAGGGCAAGGAACCUGGGACAUAUACUCUCAGACAAUUAUGCAUUUCAGUGGGCAAAAUGCAGUUUGCCCUUCCUCAUAUUUACCCAAUUGUGCAAUAUGACGUCUACUCUCAGGAUCCACAGCUAAAAGUGGAACCUUGUACUGACAUUCUUUUGGCUGGAAUUCCUCAGAAGGUAAAAUUCACGGUGACCACCGGCCAUUACACCAUGAAGAAUGGUGAUGCCUUGCAACUUAGUAAUGCCGAUGUCAUGCCAAUCCUGUAUCAUCCAGAGAGCAAAGCAGUGAUUUAUUCGAACACCAGGGAAAAGGCAUCAGAAGCAUCACUGACGAUUCAGUCAUCUGAGAAAAUCACAAGCAUCAGUUUGCCAAUGGCUCCUGCUUAUCAUGUGAUUGCCUUUGAUCUUGAAGUUCUGUACUUACCAUCAACCUCCGUUUGUACAGUGGAAAACAAAAACCUACCUGGUAAAGAGCUGUGGAGGAAAAACAAGGAGAAUGAGACUUUCCACAAUUGCAUGGCUACAGUUGAUCAAAAAGUAACCAUUGAUUGUCCGUGGUCAAUUUACUCUACAAUUAUUGCACUUACAUUCAGUAUACCCUUUAAGGCUAAAUAUUCUUUAUUAUCAGCAGGCAAAAGAAAAUAUAUACAGGUUUGUGUUCAGAACAUGUCCGAAAUCUGUUUUCAUUUAUCUGACAGUAAUCUAAAAAGUUCUGAGAAUUGUACAGAUCUAAUUCUGGAUCCUCUAAAUUCCAAAGUUGAGCAGCAUAUCUAUAAUAAGCAAGCAGUAUUUUUUGUAUGGGAACUGAAAUGGACAAGAGCUCUUCCCACAUCCUUGCAGUGCCAGUUUUCAGUGAACUUCUGUUCAGCUCCCUCUGAAGAGCACUCGCUUUCUUUGAAGCCGUACAUUUAUGAAUUCCAGUUGGAAAACUUUUUUACAUUAUAUAAUGUGAAAGCUGAGAUUUCCCCCCCAUUGGGGGCAGAAUAUUGUAAAACAGGCUCACUCUGCUCAUUGGAAGUAUCAAUUACCCGCCUUUCAGACCUCCUGGAUGUGGAUAAAGAUGAAGCGCUAACAGAAUCAGAUGGAUACUGUACAACAAAACUGUUGUAUGAAGUUGUAGAUAACAGUAGCAACUGGGCAGUCUGUGGGAAGAGUUCUGGAGUGAUAUCUAUGCCUGUGGCAGCUCAAGCAACCCACAAGGUGCACAUGGAAGUGAUGCCUCUCUUUGCUGGAUGCCUCCCUAUUCCUGAUGUCAGAGUAUUUAAAUACCUCCCUCAUCACUCUGCUCACUCUAUACAGCUUGAUGCGGACAGCUGGAUUGAAAAUGAUAAUCUCUCAGUGGACAAGAACGUGGAUGAUCAAGCUGACAACAGCAGCAUCAAGAGCAGGAGCAGCAUCCACUCCGCCACCAGCGCAGAACACAAAGGCUUGCCAAUGCCCCGCCUGCAACCGUUUUCCCCUGGGCAGGUCUUCAACUCCAGCGCUGGCAUGCAGGUCCUUGUCAUUCCCAGCAAGGACGAUCAUAUUUUAGAGGUUAAUGUCACAUGACAGCUCUCAGUGCAUGUGUGUAUACUUACAUACAUGAGACUUGAAUGUGAAUGCACUUUAAGGAAUCAUAACCUGAUUGUUCUUCAAUGAAACAUUCUAGUGCUAAUGAAGCCUAUGGCAACUCAACCUUUAUUGGCCAUGGAAGCAUCCAACAAUUGUAUCAAUUUAAAAUGUACAGUGAAGCUUGUGUCAGCUAGUUUAUAUUGCUACUUUAGGGUGUGUAUGUAAAAUAAAUGUUGGGUUCUUUCCUGCCCUCCCACCCCAUCACAUGGUGAAAUAAAAAAUGCUUAUUGCAGUUGGUUCUUUAAGUUGAACAGCUUACAGAACUGCUAUUUUCUUGGGAAUACUUAGGUUUCUGUUCAAUGAAUAUUUCAGGUUGACAUACAAUAAGCCUUGAAGAAUGUCUGUCAAUGGCUGAAGUAUGUGCCUUUCUUGUCACUGACUGUCUGGUUUCCUGGACCAGGAUAGCUUUCAAAUUUUGUAUAAUAGCUGUGGGAUUCAGAAUCAUUCUAUCUACAAGAUUUUAAAUAUGUAUAUAUAUAUCUUCUUGAAGACUUAACUACUUCUGUGCCUUGGGAUAUAUAAAAUGUAUUAGCCUACUAGCUCUAUUCUGAAACUGCACCAUAUACAGAAAUAUUAUGCUACAUUACCGGGAAAACACACAUAAUACCCUCUGAUGCAAGUAGUAAGGUGGCACAUAAGUGGUUAAGUUAGGAAUAAAGGUUCAUUGGACCAAGCUUCUCCCCCAGUUGAUAAUUUAAAUUAAAUUGAUAGUUUAAAUAAUUAGAAACUAUUAUAUUGAGCUUGAGUAUAUAGCUUUUAUUAAAUAUUUGUCAUUUUAUAUUUUUUUAAACCAAAGUUUGUUCCGUUCCCCUUUCUCAACUACUGUUAACUUAUUGUGGACUACAGAGCCAUGUGUGGUUCUUUUCAGUCUUUACAAUCUUUACAAUAAUUGACCUAUAUGUAUAUUUGCACCUUAUUCUAGAAAAAUCUGAGAAGAAGCAAAUAAAGGCAAGAAUUAUAGAGCGCCUUAUUUGACCACUCUUCCAGUCCAGUUAAGGGGAGAUGUGAAGUCCAGUUGAAUUUGUUCUGGUCCAGCAAAUGGCAGUCACACCAUAGCAACUGAUAUAUUUUUCAGUUGUAAAUGUGUUGUACAAAUGAUUAUUUAAAAAAGUUUAACUGAUGUAAUUGUGUAUAAUUUACACUGAAAUCAAAGACAGAAUAAAUGUGUUUUUAUUGAUGUGAAAGUGACAGCUUGUAAAUAAGAGUGCGUGGGAACUUUCCAGGUCUCAGAAAUAAUGUAUUUUUGUACAUAAGCAUUUCUCUGAAAUUCACUGCUACAACCUUAGUUGCUGUUCUGUCCUGAUACUAGGUUACACUGUUUUCCCUCUCCUUGCAACCUAUGUAGUUCUUAGUCACCUCUAGCACAUGAAUUAAUUAAUUUUACAGCGACAAAAGUAUAUUGGGUAGAUUCAGUAGGUUUUUAAUGUCCCUGGGGGCUGCGGGAACCCAGUCUUUACAAAAAACUAGUCCUUCCAUAUUGUGUAUUUCCAGCAUUGUGCAUCUGUGUUACCUCUACUAUUUUCAUAACUUAAGACCUAUUUUUGCUGGAAAAUGGUAAUAUUCCAGAAUGUUUACCAAAAACUGUUAUGUCACUUAAAAUCAGUUUUAUACCUGGACUUUAAAUUUACACUUUAAUUUGAAUACUCAUAAAUUAUUAUCAUCAGCUGGAUAACUUGCUUUUAUUAGCUAAAAAAAACCAGUAAUCUAAAAACAUUUAUUUGGCAACAAAAUCACCUGUCUUUGGCUUGUCUUUUUAUGUACUGUUUUAAGAAUCAUUGAGGCGACACAAUGUCACAACAUAUAUACUUAGCUUUUCAGUUCAACUACAAAAAUUAGUUAAGCUGGGGAUUUUUCCCCCCACAGGACAUGAGCAAAAUAUAAAAGUACAAUUUCAGUAUAUUAAAUUAUUUGAUUUCUUGUGAAGAGUCCAUAAGCAAGACAGUUUUAUUAGCCACUAGCCCAGAUAAGAUCUUCUUGUCUAGUUUUAAAGAAGGAUAACACUUGUGCAACUAUAUUGGAACUAAUGAACUUCACUAAAAUGCCACAAAAGCUUAUCACUACUUAAGGAGGUAUUUGUAUAUAUUAGGGAAGGGGUUUGGUUUCUGGGUACAAAUGUAAAUAAUUGACACAAAUUUGCAAUAUGUGUAUCUGAAAAGAAUUCUAUUUAUAGAUAACUGUUAAGUUUGUAAAUACUAUAAAAUGGGUUAAAGGAGUAUAAUUUUUGUGAAUUUCACAGCCCUAUUUGUGACUGGAAAAAUUAACUCCUAGUAUAAAAAUUGUUGAAGUUAAUGUGAGAUUCUGGCAUUUCUCAUUUGCGGCUCUGUAAGAUUCCAUUAUUACAAUAAUCCAUGAAGGAUUAAACGUUCACAAGCAGAAUAGUAAGGGAAGGAUUUAAAACAGGUUUAAGAAAUAAACUUGUUAUGGAAAAGAAAUUGGAAAACAAGCUAGUGGAUAAAAAGUGAAUAAAAAUCUUGAAUAUU